AUGAAAUAAUAACCAUAAUAAAAGAUUAUUUUAAGUAUGUAAAGGUAUAACGUUGUUCAUUUAAUUAGAUUGGUAUCCCCCAGAUAAAAUUUUUAAUUGAGAUACACAAAAAGUAUUUCCAAAGAAUCUAAGAAUAGGAUGAGAACUGCUAGAAAUAAUGAAUUAGAAAGAUUUCUAAUAAAGAAUCAAAAUGAUAAUGAAAUAAAGAAACGUAAUACUAGUUGUAAUUGUGAGUAAUGUGGAAAGAUGAGUUUGUUUUAGAUAAAAAUAUGGAAUUAAAUCUCUUCGUUUGAGGCAGCGUAUGUCAAAAUUCUAUUUUUUUUCUAAGUUAUACAAGAAGGAAAAGAGUUUUUAAGCGCUUUAGAAUAGCUGGAUAUGCAGCCUAAUUUUUGGUUUUUUAUAAAUCAGAAUAAAUAAGAAAACACAAAAGACAGAGAUAUUUACAAUAAUUCCUUAAAAAUCCUUAAAUUAAUGUUAAACGAGGAACAAUGAUAAUUUAAUCAGCACAUUCACAUAGAUCUCCUAAACUUCCUAAUUCCCCUGAAAAUAUUAUAAGGUUUAUAAAUAAAGUAUUAAUUAGAAGAAACGCAACAGAUUGUUUUGAAGUUGAUUCAAUAAAGGAAAAGUUUUCAUUUAAUAAUGAACAUUGUAGCACAGUUAUAAAUAGUCGAAAUUCUAGUACAAAAAAAAGGCAAAUCUCUCUUUAUAUGGAAAAAAUGUUAAGAAAAAUAACAUAUAAAAAAGAACCUGUUAUGUAUUUAACUCCUUUAUCCAUUAUAGUAAUAAACAUAUAUUUUAAUAUCUUAGGAUAAAAAGAUGAAGAAAAAUAAUAUACUUCCAAGUAUAUCUCAAUAAAUAUCUCCUAAAAAUAGUUUGGACAAUCUUUAAUUAGAUAAGACUUAAAAUCCAUUUAAUCUUCUAUAGAAUAGAAAAAAAAAGACAAAGAAUACUUAAACAUUUCAUAAUGAAUAUUCCCAGAACAAUUUAGGAGUAAUGAAAAUGAUAGAUGAUAUGAAGAUAAAGCAUAGAUAGCUUAAAAGAAGAAAUUGA